GUCCGACUGGGUGAGGAUUACAAGGGCCGGGCCGUGGAUCCGGGCCGGGAUGUCUGGGUGGUCCGAGCUACGGACGAUUCCGGGGCCGUCAGCAAUGUCUCCGCUGAGGCCGACAGCCUGCUUCAGCUUCUGAGAUUGCGUCUGGCCCACCUCCGCAAAGAAAAGGGCGACGCCGAUGAGUACACUCUGCACUGCAUGCACGACUUCGCCCGGAGGCUGAAUGCACGUGCGCAAUAUGACGAAGCCGAAAGACUCUACCGCGAAUGCUGGGCAUCUCGCAAGCAGACGUUGGGUGAGAACCAUCCUGGCACGCUGGCCGCCCUCGGCAAUUUGGCAAGGUUGGUAAAGACCCAGGGACGCCUGGAGGAAGCACUGCUGCUGCAGCGCCAGGCGGUGGAAGGAUGCCGGGCUUCCAUGGGCAGCGAGCAUCCUGACACCAUGAGCUGUGUCAACAACUUGGCCUCCCUCCUGCAGCGCAUGGGCCGGCUGGAGGAGGCGGCACCGCUGUAUCAAGAAGCCUUGCAUGUUUGCAGGGCCAAACUGGGGAAUGACGAUCCCAAGACCAUGACUAUGGUCAACAACCUCGCGAGCCUGCUGCGGAAACAGGGCCGUUUAGAAGAGGCGGAACCGCUGCAUCGCGAGGCGGUGGACGGAUGCCGGGCGAAGCUUGGUGCCACGCAUCCCAACACCUUGGCUUGCCUCCUGAACUUGGCAGCCCUCCUGGAGUCCAAGGGCUGCCUGGAGGAGUCGGAGCGACUUCACCGAGAGGGUUUGGGAGGGCUCCGUGCGAAGCUCGGCGACGGCCACCCCAACACUCUGACCGCCGCGGAUGCCCUUGCGAGUCUGCUCACGUCGCAGGGCCGCCUGGACGAAGCGGAGCCGCUGCUGCGCGAGGCGUUGGACGGGCGCCGGGCCAAGCUGAGCGACACGCACCCCACGACGCUGCUGUCGGCCCACAAGUUGGCAGGGGUGCUGGAGGCGCAAGGCCACCUCGAACAGGCGGAAUCGCUCUAUCGAGAGGCCUUGGAGGGGCGCCGUGGCAAGUUUGGUGAGGACCACGCAGACACACGGGCCUCCGCCAACAGCCUUGCGGAACUGCUCAAGUCACAAAGAUGA